AUGUCCCAUGAAUUGGAUAUAUUCUUACCAGCUAGAGAUAGUUUAAGAAUUUCACAAGAUGAAAGAGAGACAGUUAUAAGAUCUUGUAGAGAAAUUACAAGUUAUUCAAAAAAAUGUAUAUUUUCAUUACAUAGACAUGUUGAAAAAGAAGCUGUAUAUAAUGAGAUUAAAGAUUAUUUAAAAAUUAUAAAAGAUCAUUUAAUUCAAAUUGAUAAGAUAUAUAAAAAUGAAAAUUAUAGUCUAAGAGGUUCCAUAUCAGGUGCAAUUGAAGAAUUGAUAGAAUUUUUCACAUUUGGGUUUUAUAAAUAUCAUCGAAAAUUACUACGAUAUGAACUUUUCAUUUAUUUAAUCGAUAAUUUAAUAGAAGGUUCUUUAGAUUACGUUGCUGGUAUCAUUAUUGGCAAGGAGAAUCUAGAAGAGUUUGAUGAAAUCGAUACGUCGAAUCCUCAUUUUUAUGUUGAUGUAAUUGAUAAAGCAGACUAUAUAAUGGGUUUAUUUGAUUGUUCAGGUGAAAUUAUGAGAAUGGUCAUAUCCGAAUCAACAAAUACCGAUGGAAUGAUUAAAAAUACACAAACAUUAAUUGACUAUGAUUUUAUGAAAAAAUUAUAUGAACAUUAUAUUACUUUACAAACUUAUUAUCCAGGGGUUUCGAUAUAUAAUGGAAUAUUUGAUAAUUCAAUAAAUCUGAAAGGUAAUAAUUCAUUUAAAAAGAAAUUACAAGUAUUUCAAAGUUCAAUUAAUAAAAUUGAAAAUACAUUAAUAGACAAUUUGAUUAGUGAUAAGGAAACUCUUUAA